AUGCGGCGCGUGUUCGACGGCCGUGGUGGCACGAGAGCCAUUCCGUCACCGUGGACGAUGAUGGCAACCAAACCGACAAAUUGCACUCAAUCUCGUUGGCAAUCCUUCUUCGGCGAACACCGAGCAACGGCGCGGCAGUCAAGGCAGGCGUAUAGCCAUCCACUGGCGCCCAAAGACCCUGCCGCACGCAACAUCGUCAUUCCCGACGCUGUACACGCCAAGACUCGCUCCCCAAUGGCUCUUCCUGCUGAAGUGUUGCAAAAGCGAGCGCAGCGUGCGCUUCUGAUGCAGCUGCAACAGAACAUUGUUUGGGAGGGCACAGUCAUUGAUGAUGAGCGGCACGAAUUGAUUCAACACUUUGUUAGGCUUCGUCAGAACCCCAAGUACCGGUCGUCGAAGCAAAUGAUGAUUUUGGGGGGCCGAGAAGUACUACGGGAGCUCUUUGAGGAAGGGCAUACGCCGCGGCAUCUUCUUAUUCGCGGUUCACAGGAGGUUCCUUCAUGGGCGAAAAAGAAGGGUGUAGAAACAGAAAUUGUGCGUGUCGAUCGACACGUCGCGGAGGUCUGCGCCCCUGGCAACGACGGCUACAUUGGUGAUUUUGACAUUCCUCCACCUCCAGCGAAGGAAAAUCUUAUUGCAAACAAGCAACGAUUUGAUCGCAUUCUCGUGCUUGACAAUGUUGACGAUCCGGGUUUGUUAGGAACUUUACUGCGUGCUGCCGCUGGAUUUCAUUACGACGCGAUUAUCACAACCAAUCACUGUGCUGAUAUUUAUGAUCAUCGUGUGGUGCGAUCGGCUCGCGGUGCCCAUUUCCAGAAGGCGGUGCCGAUAUACACUCUUAAGGAAGAAGAUGGUGAUAACGUGUACGGUAUGUUGAAUCACAUUGUACAGCGAAACAACAUGUCUACUGUUUGCUUCACACCUAUUGAUGAUGACACGGAAAAGACGAACACUGGCAAGGCACCAAAUGUAGUGUUAAGCAGUUCAGUUGCUCAUGCGGGCACCUUUGAAAGGGAGGCACUUUCAGAGUACUGCCAUCGUUGCUUUACAACUGAGGGGACGAAGGGUCAGCUUCUCAUUGCUGGUCCGAAUCAUAAACGUAAUUCUUUGCGACGGUGGUCGAAAAGAAUUACCGGCCCUGUAACACAAUUGUUGCUUGAUGAAGUAACGCAGACGGAUUCUUUGGUUGCCCUUUCAGUUGUUAUUCAUGCUCUUCGACCGCAUGGGAACUGGGAUUAUCUUCCCACAAGCGAGCCGCAUGAUAGUAACACUGCCACCCUGGAGCUGCAGACAAUGAAGGCAAGGGUUGAUAUUGGCGCGGAUCGGCUGGAAUUGCGAGAAACGGACUUGAACCUUGACGAGGAGGAACAGGUGGAGAAGGCCCGAUUUAAGAAUGAGUGGAUGAAGUGGAAGCGGCUGCAGCGGGGAAAAAUGGGCGACUAUGAACGCUGGAUGGAGGCGGAAACGCAACGUGUGAGGGAAAUGGCAGCAAAUGAAAGGCGCCGGCAAAUAAUGCCUUGGGUGCGGCUGCGUUGGCGGCACCAGAAGGGGGCAGCGGGGUUGCCGCCUUCCGUGCCAAACAUCAUUGAUGAGUAUCGCAUGCCACUUGAUCGUGAUGCCCUUCGGGAGGAAAGAGAGACAAGUACGGGUUAUGUGAGGCCGGAGAACUAUGACCGGUAG